CCACUUUAUUUCAGGAAACGCACGUCUGACUACUGCAGGCAGAAGAAACCUGCGAGCUUAGCAAGAAGAGACUAUUCUAUUCUAGCCCGGGUACAGUCAACGAAGGCACCCAGCAUCCUGGACGCACUCCAACCCGUGGCGAUUUGCUGGUGCGACAGUGGGCGGAGCCUCACAUAGCCCCGCCUUGGACCUUUGUGACGUAGGACAAUGCCUGCCACGCGUCUGAAUUCUGACCCAUCAGCCUGCUAACACGCUGUGGGGCUUGCACUGGGCCUGGGAGUGCUGCUUUGGCAAACAUGAAUCUCCUAUUCAGAUUAUCAGUUUUCCUUGGCCUGUGGGUCUGUUCCGGUGCUCAGGGACAAACCAAAGAAGAAAACACAGAGGAAGUGAAAAUAGAAGUUUUGCAUCGUCCAGAAAACUGCUCCAAAACAAGCAGGAAAGGAGACCUGCUAAAUGCCCAUUACGAUGGCUACUUGGCUAAAGACGGCUCCAAAUUCUACUGCAGCCGGACACAAGAUGAAGGCCACCCCAAAUGGUUUGUUCUUGGUGUUGGGCAUGUCAUAAAGGGGCUAGACAUUGCUAUGAUGGACAUGUGCCCUGGAGAAAAGAGAAAGGUGAUUAUUCCUCCUUCACUUGCUUAUGGAAAAGAAGGCUAUGCAGAAGGCAAGAUUCCACCCAAUGCAACUCUGAUGUUCGAGAUUGAACUUUACGCUGUGACCAAGGGACCACGGAGCAUUGAAACGUUUAAGCAAAUAGACACGGACAAUGACAGGCAGCUCUCCAAGGCCGAGAUAGAGCUUUACUUACAGAAGGACUUUGAAAAAGACGCAAAACCCCUUGACAAGUCGUAUCAGAAGGCGGUUUUGGAAGAUAUCUUUAAGAAAAAUGACCACGAUGGAGAUGGCUUCAUUUCUCCCAAGGAAUACAACGUGCACCAACAUGACGAGCUUUAAGUUUACUCCCUUCUCUCUCGUUAACCACUCACACACCGCGCUUUAAAAGGAAAUCACUGUUCUCUGUGUGGUCGCUACACCUGUUUUCCCGGAUGAGGAGAUAUUCGUGUCCUUCAAUAAACAUAAUUUUGGUGUGAAAAGGGGAAGCUGUUUUGCAAAGCUGACUCUUGGGUAGGUGUGA